UCCCCUUCAGUCUCUUGGAGAUAGUCUGGAGAAGCAAGCGGUUUGUGCAAAGUGAUGGGCUCCUCAGUCUGUCAUAUCACCAGCCCCAUGGAUCCCAGGUCACAGGUUCCAGCCUGGGCUAGGACAAGGUGUUCCCAGGGCCUUAGAUGUGGAUACUGAGCAGAGAGAGGAAAAGGCUGUCUUGGCCCUCCUUUGGCCACCCUGCCAGAUCUGAGAGCCAAAUCUCACUAGUUUGUCCUCCUUCUCUUCCUUACACCUUUGAUUCCUGGACAGGGAACUGGCCUUUCUGCAAUAGAAGGUUUUUCUGUCCAAAAGGCUUUGGCACCCUGCUGCAAUAAAGAGCCCAUGGAGAGUGCCAAAGGACAAACACCAGAGCCUUCUGUGGUGAAAAAUACGACUCCAUUGCUCCCUAGCGGGCCUGUGUCCCUCUGGUGUCUCCUAUAGAGGCCUCAGGGAAUCUUCAAGAGGACACAGGGACAACUCGGAGGCCUGUGACCCCGCCCUUUUAGUCCAGGGCGUGUCUCUGACUCAGCACGACUUGACUUGGCGAGUCCCAGGCCACAGUCGCUUCUUUUCAAGGUGAGGAUCCUGCUGUUCCAAGGACACUUCUCCAGCCCCUCGCAGUCCAGUGCUGAGCUAGAGCCACGCCAAGGCACAGAAGUGAACUCCCACGCUGGUGUGUGUGAAGAGGUGGCAUUCCUGUCACCCACAGAGGUCUCCUGCAAGCACGGAUUUGAAUAAGUGUCGCGUCCGCCAGCCAGAGCUCAGACUCCAGACUGUGGAACAACGGACACCACCCCCGGGCUAGGCCUGGCACGACGCGGACAUUGAAGCCAGGGUCAACCCCUUAGAGACCUUGCUCUCCGGACGCGGCCCCUCCCUGUUGCUCACCCUCCCACGUGGGGCUGAGAAAAUCGGAGCUCCGGACUUGCUGCAGGCACGUUGCACAGCAGAUUCUAGCUGGAGGCCCUGAGUGGAACCCAGCUGGAGGCGGAGCCGACCCGGGAGUACCGCCCCUCUCGGUAAAUGCUCUAGCCUCUAGGUGCCUGGCCCGCGCAGGGGGUGUGGUCCCGAGAACUCGGCUUUCCCCAGCUCCGCGCCAGGUCCUGGGAGAUUUUGCAGCACCUGCAGCCCGCUUGCAUUCAGCCACACCGGGAAGGCCCCGGCCGGGAGCCUCAAUCUUCCGAUCCUCUUUUAUCCUCUCCUGCAAAUUGUGAAGGAAAGAUUGGGAGCAUGCGGGAUUACGACGAGGUGACCGCCUUCCUAGGAGACUGGGGCCCCUUCCAGCGCCUCAUCUUCUUCCUCCUCAGCGCCAGCAUUAUCCCCAAUGGCUUCAAUGGGAUGUCAGUCUUGUUCCUGGCGGGGACCCCGGAGCACCGUUGCCUUGUGCCUGACACCGUGAACCUGAGCAGCUCGUGGCGCAACCACAGCAUCCCGUUGGAGACGAAGGACGGACGACAGGUGCCUCAGAGCUGCCGCCGCUACCGACUGGCUACCAUCGCCAACUUCUCUGCGCUGGGGCUGGAACCAGGACUGGAUGUGGACUUGGGGCAGCUGGAGCAGGAGAGUUGCCUGGAUGGCUGGGAGUACAGCAAUGACGUCUUCUUGUCUACCAUCGUGACCGAGUGGAAUCUGGUGUGUGAGGAUGACUGGAAGACACCCCUCACCACCUCCCUGUUCUUCGUAGGCGUUCUCUGCGGUUCCUUCGUGUCUGGGCAGCUGUCAGACAGGUUUGGCAGGAGGAAAGUCCUCUUUGCGACCAUGGCUGUGCAGACUGGAUUCAGCUUCGUGCAGAUUUUCUCCACCAGCUGGGAGAUGUUCACUGUGUUAUUCAUCAUUGUGGGCAUGGGCCAGAUCUCCAACUACGUGGUGGCCUUCAUACUAGGAACUGAAAUUCUGAGCAAGUCAGUUCGAAUUAUCUUCUCCACAUUGGGAGUCUGCACAUUUUUUGCAAUCGGCUACAUGGUGCUGCCUCUGUUUGCGUACUUCAUCCGAGACUGGAGGAUGCUGCUGCUGGCACUGACGCUUCCUGGGGUGCUGUGUGUCCCCCUGUGGUGGUUUAUUCCCGAAUCUCCCCGGUGGCUGAUAUCCCAGAGGAGAUUUGAAGAGGCAGAACAGAUCAUCCAGAAAGCCGCAAAGAUGAACAGCAUCGUGGCCCCGGCAGUGAUAUUCGAUCCUCUGGAGCUACAUGAGCUAAAUUCCUUGAAGCAGCAGAAAGUCUUCAUUCUGGACCUGUUCAAGACUCGGAAUAUUGCCACAAUAACAGUGAUGUCUGUGAUGCUGUGGAUGCUAACCUCAGUGGGUUACUUUGCUCUGUCUCUCAAUGUUCCUAAUUUACAUGGAGAUGUCUACCUGAACUGCUUCCUCUCUGGCCUGAUUGAAGUUCCAGCCUAUUUCACAGCCUGGCUGCUGCUGCGAACCCUGCCUAGGAGAUACAUCAUAGCUGGAGUGUUGUUCUGGGGAGGAGGUGUGCUUCUCUUGAUCCAAGUGGUACCUGAAGACUAUAGCUUCGUGUCCAUCGCCCUGGUGAUGCUGGGGAAAUUUGGGGUCACCUCUGCCUUCUCCAUGCUGUACGUCUUCACGGCAGAGCUCUACCCGACCCUGGUCAGGAACAUGGCCGUGGGCAUCACCUCCAUGGCCUCUCGGGUGGGCAGCAUCAUCGCUCCCUAUUUUGUUUACCUGGGGGCCUAUAACAGACUCCUGCCCUACAUUCUCAUGGGCAGUCUGACGGUCCUGAUUGGAAUCAUCACGCUUUUUUUCCCUGAAAGUUUGGGAAUGGCUCUACCAGAGAACUUAGACCAGAUGCAGAAAGUGAGAGGGUUCAGAUGUGGGAAAAAACCAGCAGCCUCUGUGGACAGAGAAGAAAACCCCAAGGUUCUGAUCACUGCAUUUUAAUAAGGGGUCCCCUGCACUUGGCAACCUUAGACCCAGAUGUGAGAUGACCCGGGGGUGAUGGAACACACCUGUAAUCCCAGCGUGUAGAGGGGGGCAGGAGAAUCAGGAAUUCAAGGUCAGGAGUGCCAGAUCAGCCUGGACCACAAGCAACCCUGCCUCAACAAAACAAACCAAAUCCAAGCCUUUACUGCUGAAAGGGACUGACAGGAACAUAGGCGUUAAGCUGGACUUGUUGUGGAGAAAGGCAUGGUGUCCUCUAAACUCUGGCCCACUCUUCCAGAUAACCUUCCUGUUUUUAAGAACAAACAUUUCUAAAGUGUCUUGACCACUAACUAGUCAGAGACAUAGGUUUGUAAGAUUUUUCUUGAAAAGGUGUUAGUCAAGGACUGGCAAAAUCCAUAAGAAGAUUAACACACAUUUCCAAAAUGCUAUCCAAAUAAAAUUGAUUGUAUUAUCACAACUACUUGAUGGUAACAGUGUUUGUGUGUUUAUGUGUCUGUGUGUGUAAGGGCAGAGAUGAU